AUCAGCUUGUAGUCUUCCGAACUCCAUUCUUCUCUGACGGAAUAUAUUGCUCGUCUUGAAGCGAUCCCGCCCGAGCGUCGAUCCCACCCUUAAACCACCGCAGUUCCACUUCUCUCCAUUGCGUCGAGCUCGACGUCUUCUUCCAACUCGACUCCAACACGCACAACCCUGCCCUCCUCUGCUGCAAUUCCACUCGAACCUGUCGUUCCGAAAGCCAUGGCGUCCCGCCUGCUCGUCCCGCGCUUCUCCUUCGCGUCUCGGACGCUCAGAGCUCUCCCCCAGUUCCAAUCGAGAUCAUUCCAGUCGACGAGCAGAAGAUUCCAAGAAGCCGGUGCGGCUGCGUCGGUACCUGUGAAAAAGCCCAUGGGAGCUUUCCGAGGAGGACUGUUCGGUUUCUUACUUGGUUCGACCCUGGCCGGCGCGUCCGUCUACUACUACAUCCUCGAGGAAUACAAGGUUUCCAAUGAGUUGUUGACGGAGGAUAUCUAUGCCCUACAAGCCGCCGUGCAGCGAAUCCACUCGUACGUGACGGAACUAGAAAACAGGAUGAACCAGACGAAGAAAUGAGGAACUCUCAGAAGUAAAAAAAGGGGGAGGAAAAGGGCCGGGAGUGAGCGAGGGCAAGGGGGGGGGUUUGGUGAAAACGCAAGAAACACGCGCAUCCAGGUGGUGGCCGUUUUCGCCCUGUUUGCUGCUGCACCUGUUGAGUUGAUUUCAAGCCGGGAAGAAACGCGGCGCUUUCCCUCCCAGGCCGAACGAAGCAAGCACAUACAUUUCAGUGAGGGCGAAGGGCGGGUUGCCCGGCGCGCGGUUUCGAGCAAUGUAAAAACAACAGCAAUCCAUUUCCUGAAAAAUUCUCGCCCUUCUGCAUCUCUGUUGUCUCGUCUUCCCCAAUCCCCCGCGAUGAAAGAUUCUCGAUAUAGUUGUCCAGAGCCGACAACCGGUCUUGAACUCGACUAUUUUCAC